AUGAGACAAGACAACCACUCCUCUAAUUUGGAUUUUGUCCUCCUGGGAGUUAAUGGUCCACAGGAACAGGAAGACAUCUUCUUCAUACUCUUCCUGUUCAUUUACCCCAUCAUACUGAUUGGGAACCUGCUCAUCAUCUUGGCCAUUCACUCUGACAUUCGCCUUCAUAACCCCAUGUAUUUCCUCCUUGCCAACCUCUCCUGUGUUGACAUCUUCUUCUCCUCUGUAACCAUCCCUAAAAUGCUGGUUAACCAUAUUGUGGGCAGUAAAGUCAUCUCCUUCGGAGGGUGCCUUGCACAAAUGUAUUUCAUGAUUGAUAUGGCUAACACAGACAGCUAUAUCUUGGCUGCAAUGGCCUACGAUCGUGCUGUGGCCAUCAGUCGCCCACUUCACUACACAACAAUUAUGAGUCCAAGGGCUUGUGUCCUGCUAGUUGCUGCAUCAUGGGUGAUUGGAAGUGCCAAUGCCCUCCCCCACACUCUGCUUACAGCAAGUCUGUCCUUCUGUGGAGACCGGGAAGUAGUCAACUUCUACUGUGACAUUGCCUCUUUACUCAAGCUGUCCUGUUCUGACAUCCAGUUUAAUGUGAAGAUGAUGUAUCUUGGUGUGGCUGUUUUCUCCAUGCCAUUCAUAGGUAUCAUCAUCUCCUACAUCCGGGUCUUUUCCACAGUCUUAAAAGUUCCAUCCACCAAGGGCGUGCGCAAAGCCUUCUCCACCUGUGGGUCCCACCUCACGGUUGUGUCUCUGUACUAUGGGACAGUUAUGGGCAUGUAUUUCCGCCCCCUCACUAAUUACAGCCUAAAGGAUGCUGUGGUAACGGUGAUGUACAUCGCAGUGACUCCAAUGCUAAACCCUUUCAUCUAUACUAUGAGAAACCAAGACAUGAAAGCUGCCCUGGGGAAACUCUUCAAGAAGAGAAUCUCCACCUAG